AUGACGCUAGACAAAGGAACACAAGUAAUGAUUAUUAUGUCCAUUGUUAACAUAUGCAAUGUGUUUUUGGUUUUUGUAAAGGGUGCCGUUGCCUACCAUACAGGUUCCUUUUCCAUAGCCAACUCUACUCUUGAGACAUUUGGAGAUGUAUUUGUCGGAUUUCUUCUUCUUAUGCAACGACUUCAGGUGAUAAAAUUCUCUAAUGUCUUGAGACUAUCGGUACUUGAAGCUUCAUUAAGGUUCGAUCCUCAUCUUGAAUUGGAACACAUUUUUGUGGUGGCAUUCAAUAUCUUCCUCAAGAUGGCUUUAUUUGGAAUAUGUUUCAUACGCCGAGACGUAGACCAAGUGAAUGUGUUAUUAAAGGACCAGGGCGUAGAUGUAAUCACCAACUCAACAGCUGUACUAUUUGCUGUAUUCACACGAUACUACCAUAAGUUAUACGCUGAAGCCAAAAACCCUCUUACUACUUCACUUGAGGCAACUCGUUUGAAAGCUGCCAUGUCCUUAGAAGAAAUUGAGUUUGUCGGAACUGCAUACGUAUUCUAUGAUGUCGGAAAGGAAGCUCCUGACGAAAAAGAAGAGAUCUCUGAUGACGAGAAAAGCGAGGAUGCCCUUUUGCGAGCGGUUUAA